AUGCUGACGCGACAAGUGUUUGUGAUAGCGUGGGCGGUGGCGAUGUACGCGAUAUCGCACGCGAAUCGCGAUGCGAAUCGUCUAUUCGAGGAUCUGCUCGCCGACUACAACAAACUCGUCCGGCCCGUCGAUAACAACAGCGACACGCUCGUCGUCCGAUUUAAACUGAAGCUUAGUCAAUUACUAGACGUGAGUUGGACGGAUUACAAGCUUCGCUGGAAUCCUGACGACUACGGUGGUGUCGACGUUCUAUACGUGCCUUCGGACACAAUCUGGUUACCAGACAUAGUCCUUUAUAACAAUGCCGACGGAAACUAUCAAGUUACCAUCAUGACAAAGGCCAAAUUAUCCUAUAAUGGUACCGUCGAGUGGGCUCCUCCGGCUAUUUAUAAAAGUAUGUGUCAAAUAGAUGUCGAGUUUUUUCCAUUCGAUCGGCAGCAGUGCGAAAUGAAGUUUGGAUCUUGGACGUACGGUGGUCUUGAGGUGGACUUGAUACACAAGGAUGAACAUCUUCAAGAAGAAGCCAUUGAGAUUGUUGAAGGUGUUGAUGGACCUGUCCAAGAAUCUGUAUGGAUAGUUGAUGAAGGCAUCGACUUGAGUGACUACUAUCCCAGUGUCGAAUGGGAUAUACUCAAAGUGCCGGGUAAACGACACUCUAAACGGUAUCCAUGUUGCGAAAGCCCAUUCAUAGACAUCACCUAUGAAAUCCAUUUGAGAAGAAAAACGCUCUUCUAUACUGUGAAUCUUAUAUUUCCCUCAGUAGGUAUAAGUUUUCUAACGGCUCUUGUGUUCUAUUUGCCGUCGGACGGAGGCGAAAAGAUAUCACUAUGUAUCUCUAUCCUUAUUUCUCUCACUGUUUUCUUUUUGUUGUUGGUUGAGAUCAUUCCGUCGACAUCUCUUGUCAUACCUUUGAUAGGCAAAUACCUUCUCUUUACUAUGGUGCUGGUCACUCUUAGUGUUAUCGUCACGGUCAUCACGUUGAACGUUCACUACCGUUCACCGUCGACCCAUAACAUGCCAGAAUGUGUUCGACGGUUUUUCAUUGAAAUUCUGCCGAAGUACCUUCUGAUGAAGCGGCCACCUCGACCAGAACAUAAGAGGAAGGAGCCGCGAACGACGUUCAGCACACCGCAGGCCAACACCCAAUUCGCCAGAGGAACCGAUCACAAUCUCGAUCUCCUUUCACCGACGACAUUUCGAACUUCGUUUGCAGCAGGAUCUGCCGAGGACACAUCUUCAUUCCAUCGUGAUGUAUCUCCUGUGAGAUCGGCCGUGGAAAGUGUGGCGUACAUAGCCGAUCACUUGAAAAAUGAAGAAGAUGAUAAGCAGGUCAUCGAAGAUUGGAAAUAUGUCUCAGUGGUGAUGGAUCGGGUAUUUCUAUUGCUAUUUACAUUCGCUUGUGCACUAGGUACAAUUCUGAUUAUCGCACGAGCACCAUCAAUCUAUGAUACUACGGUACCUCUGGCGUAG